GUUUGCUGACGUCACCCCGAGCGGAGCUCUGAGCUGGGGACUGACUGACUGAGAGCAGCAGCUCUGAGAGAGGCUUCAGUCUACAGAUACUCACUGAGACCUGCUUUAUCCAGCUCUUUACCUGGACUUUCUCUAUUUAAAACACCGCACAGGCCCAUGCUCCACACCUGAACCUGCAGUCUACAGUGUCCAGUGUGUCCAGUGGCAGAGCUGAAGGUGUCCCCUGGGCAGCAUGUCCUCUGAGGCCUCGUCCCCGGUGCAGGCGGCCCCGUCCACCACCCCUCCACUGUCCCCCAGCUCUCCGGUGUCUCCCAGCUCCCUGCGGCUGCCCCCCUGUCGCCAGCGGGCCCGCUCGCCCUCGCCCAUGAGGGGCUACCUGAUCCCCAGCCCACUGCCCACCCGCCGCAACCGCACCUGCUCUGCUUCUGCUCGAGCGGCGGAGGGACCCGUCUUCAGCGGGGUGUGCAAGUGCUUUUCACGAUCCAAAGGCCACGGAUUCCUCACGCCAUCGGACGGAGGCGCUGACAUAUUCGUGCACAUCUCAGACAUUGAUGGAGAAUAUGUUCCAGUAGAAGGAGAUGAGGUCAGCUAUAAGAUCUGCUCCAUCCCACCCAAACACGAAAAGAUCCAGGCUGUGGAAGUGACCAUAACUCAUCUGGCUCCAGGGACCAAACACGAGACCUGGUCAGGGAUGGUCAUCGACUCGUGAAAAAUGCAGUGGUGCUCUAAACUGACGGAGUGAAGACGAAGAGGGGUGAUGGUUCUGGGUUUUUUUUGUUGUUUAUCUUUUUGGAUCCUCAUGCCAGGAGGUUCUGGGUGGAGUUGGGAGGGUUUGGGAGAAUGGGGUGGGUUUAGAGCUCAGCUGACAGUAGGGGGGCAUGAAAAGAAAAAUAUAUAGUGAAAGACGACGUUUGCCUUUAUUGUUCUUUAUUGUGAACUUGUAUCCAAUUUCUAUCAAACUCUUCUUUUAACUUGCUGUGGGAAAUGAAUCAUCGCUGCCCGAUCUACACUAACCAUUUAUGAUUCAUACUGGUUUAUCAGUUGUGUUUAUGGGUGUGAGACUGUAAGACAGUAAGUGAGUGUAUUCUCUUAAUAAUAAAGCCUUAACUCAUAUCUAAAUGUAGAAUAAUGGCCUCAGUAGACCUAAAAAUGAUUUAUUUUUAUGUGAGAAAAAAACAAAACUGAAUUAUGUUACUAAAAUGUGAUUGCUGUAAAAAAAAUAAAUAAAUAAUAAAAAUACUGUGGCUCUUGAUUAUAUGUGUGGGUGAAUGAGAGUGUUUUAUUAAAGUUUUCUGCCAUCAUCUUCAGUGUUUUUUUUUCUGUUGUCAGUGCUGCACAUCUACCAGACAUCCCACUUCUUCCGUGACUUGCAGGAUUCUCCUGUAUAUUUUGGUAGUGGCUCCUGUUGCAAUACCACACAAAUUGGGAUAUUGAACAUAUGUUGGGCUUGCUUGUACACUUUUGGGAGUGAAAAAUUCAGUGUUUAAUUCAGUGUUUAGUCAUGAAAAAUAUCAGAUUUGGGCCUAAAUUACCUGCUUUGAGGUUGAGGUAAGUCACAUGAUUAAUUCAUACAUACAACAUAUAAA